GAGGCUUCCGUACGGCUGUUGCUAUUGGCAACAGCUAAAACUUUGUAUUCCGACCAUCGGUAAACUGUGCUGCGAAUGAGGCGUAGAGAAGCUGAACAAUGGUUUUUCUGAAGCUGCUCAUAGCUGGAGACUGACGGCCGAUUCAGGCAUGGCAUCACCGCACAAAAACCCAAAGGACCUCGAAAAGAUGAUCACGGACACCAAGCAGGACAUGGAUGAUGUUCACGUAGCACUGGAAAAGCUCCGGAGUCUGUCCGAGGACGACGUGAGUGAUACGGAGGUCCUGCGGUCGAGAAUAGACGAGCAGUCCGGUUUGAUUUGCAUCCUGAAACACAGGGCGGACGAGAUGCUUCUGCGGUGCCAGGCUCUCGAGCGGAUCAACGAGGAGCUGGAGAACCUGCGUCAGGAUGUGCAAAAAGAGCUGGAAGAUGAGAAGGAGAGGUCUUCACAGCUGGAACAGCGAUUCAAAGAUCUGGCAACAAAUCACGAGGAGUUAAUUAGCUUCAAGGACGAGUAUAAAAAGCAGAAUGGGCAGCUGACCGAGGAGAACGAGAGACUUCGUGAAGAAAACGAGAACCUUUACAGAGAAAAAGUCAAAGAAAAAGAGGAUAUCAUCCUAAAAUUAACCCAGGAACUGAAGGAUCUAGCAGAGCAACACAAACAUCUAGAGUCUGAGUAUCAGGAAAAAACAACUGGAUUUCAGACUAAACUCAAAGAACUCAUGAGUCUCCAUCAAUCUAAAGAAGCCUCUUUACAAAAUGAAUUGCAUAGCACCCAGAAGCAGCUCAAAGAUGCAGUGGACAUGUACACAGAGCUGAACCUGCAGCUCAGACAAACAAGGGAAAAGGAUGCAAUGAUAGCGACUGAACUGCAAGAGAAGCUGGAGGUCUUACCGAAGAAGGAUGAGCUAGAGGACCUGUCAGCCCUGAAGAGAAUAAUACAGAAAAAAGAAGAAGAACUUAAGCUCCUGGAAAGUCAGAGACAAGAGGAGGAGCAGGCCAGAGCAGCAGCAGAGCAGAGGUUUGAAACGGAAGCGGAGGCUGUGAAUGCAGAUUUGAAAGUGAGAGACCUCCACGCGGCCCUUGACCAAUCCGAACAAGCCUGCAGCGAGUUGAAGGAGGAUUUUGAGGCCUAUAAAAAACACAGCAGCGAGCUCCUCGCAAAGGAAAAAGAAUUAAAUGCCAAACUACGUCAAAUGAUCGGUUAAUACCAGACUGACAUUCCCCAAUCGAUGUAGUAGUUGCAUGUCAGUGCCAUAUGCCUGAAUAAAAAUUGUUGUAAUCUGCUCA